AUGAUUCGUGUCGUCAGUUUGUUGGAUCUGAUUCACUUUAUUUUGGUAAUCUGGAAACUCCUGCGAAGGUUCUUCCUCGGUGGCUCGAGUGCGUCGGGCCACGUGUUGACUUUGCGUUGCGUUUCCACUCUCCGUCAAGCAACUGUAAGCUACUUUUUCUCGUUCGGUGGCUCCGCAGAUCCGGCGAGCUCGUUUGAUUGGCUUCCACCCCCGCCAGCCAUCAACAUCUCUCUGUGUCUCUUUCUCUUCCUAUCUCUCUCCCUUUAAGAUUUUUUGAAGGCUUUCAUUUGAUUUUCUUGGUUCAAGUAAGUCAUAGACGAUGCUGGGUUUAGAAUUUUGGAAUGUAUGAAGGAAAAUUUACGCCAAGGUAUAGUUCGAUCAUCAUUUUCUAGUUGCAGCCAUUUUUCCGGUGGACCAUCAAUUCAAGAAAAAAUGGACUUGUACCUUUCAAAAUCCCAGCCAGCUGUCGUUAAUUUAUUAUGUUUCUUCCAAUUUUUUCACUCCAUCAUUAUUAAAAUCUAUGAUUGUUUAUAGAGAAUCCUAUCCCAAAUUUUCAGUAAGGAAUAUUUUGAAUGGAUGUUGUCGGCAUUGUCUCUUCUACCUGUUAGGCACUUACGCAGCGUUAAGAUUCCUGUUUUUUUUUUUGCUUCAGAGGCCACAAUCGGCCCCCUGAAACAUUUUUUGUAACUUUCAUGCAUUUUCCAAUGCUCUUUUUCCGUGAUUUUCUUGUUCUUGACCACUCUACGAAGAAAAAUUCAUGAAAAGAUCAGGGACGGAAGUUCAAAGGGAAAACAAGGAUGGAGGAGGAGGACGUGUUCACGUGCCGAAUCCAGUACGUCAACGACGCGGAUCCAUUCGCGACCACCUCGAGCUCCUAUCUCGAGCCCAUGCGUCCAGUAACCUUCAACUUCCGGCUGCACUCCCUCAUCGGCGACCAGCUCACCGAAGUCAUAAGAACUCUUCGUGCUCCUCACAAGGUUUGCUUUACUUUCUGUUCAUCGUCACCUGGCUGAUGACUCCUCAGAACUCGAGCUUAUAUAAAUUCCAAUGCUAAAGUUGCGUGAAGGCUUAGGUUCUGAAUAAAUUAAAUUCUGAAUUUCAAUAGAAAGGCUUUUCUGUAGUUUCAUUGAGCUUACAAUUAGGAUAGACAAUAAUUUGGCUGUUGCAGGUUGGAGACUCGGCCCUGCAGGUCUACAAAGGGCUGGAGGGAGGCGGCGGCGAGUUUCACACCUACCUGGACUCAGACCUCACCCUCGCCGACCAGCCGGACGAGCUCGACCUUCUCAAAUCCGAUUCGUACGUUUUUCUGAUUUUUCGGCAUUACUAG